AUGGCUAUGUGGUACGCAUUUGGCGUUGCGCUGUUUGCCGCUAUCGGCACUUUUCUAUUCGGCUUUGAUACUGGCAUUGCGACAACUACGAUUGCUCAUCAAAGCUGGAUUGAUUAUAUGAACAAUCCCUCCGAUGGACUCACCGGUGCUGUUGUCGCUGUCUACAUCGCCGGCGAAGCAGUUGGCGCCUUCACGCAAACCUUCAUCGGUGAUAGACUUGGUCGUCUCCGGUUCAUGGAGAUGAUGUGUGUUGUUGUCACGAUUGGAACGGUUAUUCAGACUGCAUCUGUUAACAUUGGAAUGUUCCUUGCGGGUCGAGUACUCGCUGGAUAUGCUGUUGGUGGCCUAGUCGGCACAGUACCAAUCUACCUCAGCGAAAUAUCCGAUCCCCGCUACCGCGGCCUAAUCGGAGGAAUCUCAGGCUGCGGCAUCUCCUUCGGAACAAUGGCCUCGAACUGGGUAGGUUACGCCUGUAGCUACGCACCCUACGGCCCUGUACAGUGGCGUCUUCCUCUCGGUAUACAGAUACCUUGGGGAAUCAUCAUGUUCAUUGGAUUGAUUACCUUCAUGCCAAAUUCUCCACGCCAAUUGAUUCGAAGCGGAAAGAUCGAGGAUGCACGCAGGGAGUUUGGUCAGAUUCGACGGGAUUUGCAUUCUCAUGAAGUGCAGGAGGAGUUUAGACUUAUGAAGAUGCAAAUUGAGUAUGAAAUGGAGAGGGAGAUUACUUCUUAUAGGGAGAUCUUCAAGCUUUUUCGGCGUCGGGUUUUGGUGUCUAUUGCUGUUCAGACUAUGACGAGUCUUACUGGUGUGAAUGUGAUCCAGUACUACCAAACCAUCCUCUACAAAUCUCUAGGCAUAGACUCCCAUACCAUCCUUGCCCUAGCCGCAGUAUACGGCACCGUAGCCCUCAUCGUCAACUGCCUCACAACCAAAUACCUAACCGAUCAAUGGGGUCGUCGAAAGAUGCUCCUCUCCGGCUUAGCAGGAGUCAUCCUCGUCGAGAUCUAUGCGGCCGUCAUGCAACGAGAAUUCCAGAACACCGAUAAUCGAAUCGGGAAGGGUUUUGCUAUUCUGGGAAUUUAUCUGUUUGUCGUGGCAUACUAUGGUAUGCUAAACAGUACAACCUGGUUAUACGGCGCUGAGGUCCUACCAAUUGCUCUCCGGAGUAAGAUCAUGGGACUAGCGGCUGCGUCUCAUUUUAUUGUUAAUGUUGCAGUCACCGAAGCAGGCCCAAGCGCAUUCGCCAACAUCCACGAGAACUACUACUAUGUUUUUGUCGCAUGUACGCUUUCCUUCUUGGUUAUUGCAUAUUUCUACUUCCCUGAGACGAAACAGAAGACGCUGGAAGAAAUUGCAUCCGCAUUCGGUGAUAAAGUCAUUUUACCAGACGAAAGGAGUAAAGAUGGAGAUGGGAAUGAAGAUGGAGAUGGAAAGACUGAUUCACAGCAUGUGGAAACUGUAUCUGUAAGACAGAGCGGUUGAUUGAUCCAUUGGAUCUGUUGGGAGGCAUACACAGUGAGCGAUGCUUACUAGAUCAAGAACUGGAUAAUGAUUUGCUUUUGGUUUAUCGGCUCAAUUAAUAUUAUAUAUAUCUGCUAUCAUUCAGCUCACUCAUUCAGCCUCUUCGCAGAAACACUUCUAUACACCCAAUGGAGAGAGCUGUUCCCGACAGCACGAUGUUCUGUUGUUCCAGCCAAAAAAAAAAUCACCCUAGUACACCCCAAAACACCAUACCUAAUACCAAAAUCCCCACAAAUUAACCAUGCUGCAUCCCAAACCCCUCCGCCGAUAAAAACCCCCAUCCAUCCCACGGGAUCGCAGCCGGACUAACCCAGUUCUGUGGACUCAUCUGCGCGAAGAACGGAUCCAUGAGAGAUCCAUCUAUCAUUGCUGCGGGGGUGGAGUGGUGUUGGCUGUAUGGUGUGUUUAUGCUGGUGUGAGCAGCAGGGGAGGAGU